AAGAAUGCCGAUGACUUCGUAGAUGUUCAAAGCCGGGGCAAAGUAAACAAACGCAGGAUGGAGUGUGUUGGACAGCCUAUCUCGGGGUGGGAAGUGAGCAUUACCCAGCGUACGUGCCCAUGCCGGGCAUCUUACAAGUAUGGGAACUGUGCCCACCUUGUGGUUGCUUUGAAGACGCGA